GUGGGAGAGAGCGGAGGGGUGUGUGUGUGUGCUUUAGAUAUGCAACAGCAGGGAAGGGAAAGCUUUGCGGCCGGAUCCUGGAAAAGUCUGCUCGCAAGUAAGACGGGGAAUAAGCUUUGAAAUCUUAGAAGGGAGAGAGGACUGCUCUAGUCGUCUGCGUUCUAGUUUGCAGUCGCCAUGCAUGCUUUGCAAACUUGUUUUUCCUUAUGCCUGUUUUAAUUCGCCACGUGAGAAAGAGCAUCUUUCUACAGUCAGAGGUACCCCAAGAAAAGGGAACGGAAAUGGCAGAGCAGGAUCCAGAAGGACCUGGAACUAGCAAAGGAACAAAGAAAAGCCUCCGUCCUAUCCAGGCUCAGAGUGGUGCUGAAUUCUGGGAAAGAGCUGCCCCAGAGAUCCUGACUCAGGAAACGAUGAUCCCAAGUGUGCGUUGCCAACGCUUCCGGCAGUUCCGUUAUCAUGAGGCUGCUGGGCCCCAAGAGGUUUGCAGCCAGCUCCAUGAGCUUUGCAACCGCUGGCUGAAGCCGGAGAAGCACAACAAGAAGCAGAUCCUGGACCUGGUGAUCCUGGAGCAGUUCCUGGCCAUCCUGCCCCCGGAGAUGGCAAGCUGGGUCAGAGGGUGCGGGCCAGAUACCAGUUCCCAGGCAGUGGCCCUGGCCAAAGGUUUCCUCCUGAGCCAGGCAGAGAAGAAGAGGCAGGCAGAGCAGAUGUGGGGACCAUCCGUGAAUAUGGAAGCUGAGUGCUCUGAGGCAGAAGGAGCUCCACUGGAGGAACAGCAGAGGACGCAGGCCCAGGAGUGUGCCCAAGAUGCCGUCUCACAUGACAGUGGAGAGAUGCUGUUGAGCCGUUGUCGUUGCAGAGGUGUGGAAAUGACUUCCGUGCGUCCAAUCCGGCCUCCAGUUUCAUUUGAAGAGGUGGCCGUGUAUUUCACAGAGGAUGAGUGGGCCCUGCUGAAUCCGGGUCAAAGAGCUCUGUAUAGAGAAGUCAUGCGGGAGAACUAUCAGACCGUGGUCUUUUGGGCAGGGGAUGAUCAAGGGAAUGAGGACGACGAGGAACUGCGUCAUCUGUUGCCAGGUGAAAUCAGAUAUGAAGACGUGAAAAGAAGCCUCAGGAAUCAAGAUGGAUCCAAGAGGCAGAAAAGGAGCCACGUGGUUGAGAAGAGUGGCAAAACCAUUCCUUGCCCAAGGGGGGUUUUCUGUGAAGCAAUUCACAUGAUGGAGGAAACAUACAAAUGCUUGGAGUGUGGAAUGAACUUCUCAGAUCAGUCCCAAUAUCACGUGCAUUUGACAAUACAUCCUGAAAAGAAGACCCAUCAUUGCUUGGAGUGUGGAAAGAAGUUCAGGUACAGAUCGCAGCUCCUUAAGCAUCAAAGAACCCACACGGGGGAGAAACCUUUUGAAUGCACAGUAUGCAGAAAGAGCUUCAGUUGGAGCGGCAAUCUUCACCAGCAUGAAAGAACCCACACAGGACAGAAACCAGAUAGCUGCUUAGACCACGGCCAGAGCCUCCCACAGAAAUCAGGCCUUUGUCAACACCAAAGGAUUCACUCAGGAGAGACGCCGUUUAUUUGCUCAGAGAAUGGAUCGACACUCUCAACAGGUAACGAGAAUACAGAUUUGAGCUCACAGACUGAAACAAGUGAGUCUGGGACUUCUGCUGCAGCCUCUGAAGUCACGGAAAGCUCAUGGCCCAGUUGCUGGACUGUGGAACAGAAAGAUAGAUUUUUGGAAAAAAACAAUUGGUUGUUUUUUUGUGACGCCAAGUUGGGUUGCUCCGUGUGCAAAAAGAUGAGAGGUUUAGAAGGAAAGAAAACUGGAGCGAUACGGCUUUCCAGAGAAUGGGUAAAAUGUUCGGUAACACCAUAUGGUGACAGCAGGAAGCAGCAAUUAACAUCUCUGAGGAAAAAGAUUUUUGAACACAGAGAAAGCGGUAAUCAUAAAGCUGCAGUUAAAAUACUUGAAAAGGGGAAAAAACAAAGGCCCGUAAAAGCAGGUCAUCCGUCACUAGAAAGUGAGGAAGAAAUCACCAGUAAAGUGUUCCGUACUGUAUAUAAGUUGGCAAAAAGCAACCAGCCAUUUAAUGAUUUUGAAAGUGAAAUUGAUUUACAAGAAUUAAAUGGCGUCGACAUGGGGACAAUGUGGCAUUCAGCUAAUGCGUGUAUAAAUAUUUUAAAUCACAUUGGCCGUGAAAUGAGACGUCUGGUGAUCGGAAAGAUUAUCGACUCAAGGAGUAAAAUCUCACUGAUAAUUGAGGAAUCCACUACUGUGAGUCAGGAAUCUGUACUGUUAGUGUACAUUCGUACCUACAUGAAGGAAAUAGGCAUGCCAGCCCCUGCAAAUCUCUUCAUCGCCUUGAUGGAGCUGGAAGAUGUGACGGCAAAUGGAAUAUUCAGCACUUUGAUGUCUCAGCUUGAGUCGCUAGGGUUCACUGAAGAUUUUCUUAAGGAAAACUUAGUUUCGUUGACCAGUGAUGGUGCCGCAGUGUUGCUGGGAUCCCGCGGAGGGGUUUUGAGACUUCUCAAAGAUAGAUUCCCUGCCGUUGUUUUAUGGCAUUGUGCCAGCCAUCGGCUGGAAUUAUCAGUACAUGAUGUUGUGAGAGAGGUUUCUGGCAUCAAUAGAGUGCGAGAUUUUUUGGACAAAUUGUACGUUGUGUAUCAUACGUCUCUGAAACACGCAAGGGAGCUCAACUCAUGUGCAGCUGCACUCGAGACGGAGAUUUUAAAAAUAGGAAGGGUUCUUUCCACCAGUUGGGUUGCAUCCAGCUACAGGACCGUUUUGGCCGUCUGGCAGGAUUACAAAGCCUUAGUGCUUCAUUUGGGAAAAGGCAGAUCACAAGGAGGGAGAGGCGGAAAGGGGGAAAGCACGUACGAGGGUCUUCAUAGAAUGAUGACGUCGGUUGAUUUUAUUUUGGAACUUGGGUUGUUUUGUGACACUUUGCAAGAGCUGUCGGAACUGAGUUUAGAUUUGCAGGAGAGAAACAUCGAUAUGUACAAGGCCCACUGCAAGAUUGAGUGUGUUCUUGAUGUUUGUAGGCUGAGAAGCACCGCUCCAGGUCCUUAUUACAAGGAAGCACUUGAAGCGGCAGAAAGUCUUCAGUUUAAGGGUGUCCCAUUGCGUAAAAAUAAUAGAGCCGACAACCCACCAAUCUCCCCAGUUGUAUUCUACGAUCAACUUAAAAUUUCUCUUCAGAAAAGACUGCUUUCGGAAGAAGAUGUAAACCUGUCAAAGUGUGCGAGAGUCCUGGAUUCUGAGACUUGGCCGACAAGCAUUAGGGACAACCCUCUCUUCGGAGAAGAAGAAAUACGGACGUUGGCAGGAAGAUUUCGGCUCGGUGAAAGAGAAGCCGUUAGAGCCUUCAGGGGCCAUCUGAAAUUGAGAAAAGGAGUGCCCAAGGAACUGGCUCAGAUUCAGCACACUCUCAAUACAAUAGCCAUUUCCUCCAGCGAGUGUGCAAGGGGAUUUUCCCAGAUGAACCUGAUUGCCACCCCAGAAAGGUCCUCCUUGUCGAUCGAAACACUGCAGAAUUUAUUAUUUAUCAGAAUGGUCGGACCUCCCUUAACGGGCUUCAACCCAACGUACUAUGUUAGAAAGUGGUUGCUUCAAGGUCAUCAGCCUGCCUUAUCGACCCAAAGCGAGGACCAGAAAAGAACAGAAGUAACGGGUGACCUGUCACCAUUUUGGGAACUUUUGGAGGGAUUGUCCUCAUCAAAUGAUUGAGGUUGUUAAAUAAUCCAAUUUAGAUUUAAAGACUUGUCUCACUAUUUCAGUAUAGUUUUCCAAAGUUCCAGAGUGCUUAUUGAGAUAUUUGUUUGUUACUGUUAGUGUUACUUUUAAAAUAAAUAUAAUAUUAAAAGUUUGGAAACUUGCCACUUUCA